GCCGCCAUUUUACCUGCUUGCUAGCUUGCUCCGUCUGGCUCUGCGGCUGAGGGGAAGGGGGGUGGUGCGUUUCAGAGCUGCGCUCGGGGCCCGCCGCUUGUGGGGCCCGUCGCCCCCGCUGCCCUCCGCCCGCCGCUGAGGUGGGGGGGGGGGAACUGUGGAGCGGCCGGACCGCGCUCCUGGCCAAGGAGCGGCGAGAGCGGGGCCCGCAGGGAGCAGCCGUUGCUCGGCUGGGUCCGCCCCCUUCGUGGCGCUGGGCCUCCGGCCCUGCCAGGCGGUCUCUGCCGAACCGGGAGGCGGCCGCGGUCUCGGCGGGUGGGGGGAGGUGCGGCGGGAGCCGGGGUCCCGGCCGGCGGGGCGGCGCGGACCCCGCCGCCGUUGUUGCUGCUGCUGCCGGGGAGGCGGGGGGCCCGGGCCGCUCUGAAUGGUGGUUAAAAUGAUCAUAGAAAACUUCGAGGCGCUGAAAUCCUGGCUCAGCAAAACCUUGGAGCCCAUAUGUGAUGCAGAUCCAUCUGCCCUAGCUAAAUAUGUUCUGGCAUUGGUAAAGAAGGAUAAAAGUGAAAAGGAACUGAAGGCAUUGUGUGUUGAUCAGCUGGAUGUAUUUCUUCAGAAAGAAACUCAGAUAUUUGUGGAAAAACUGUUUGAUGCUGUGAAUACAAAAAGCUAUCUACCUCCACCAGAGCAGCCAUCAUCAGGAAGUCUAAAAGUAGAAUUUUUUCAGCACCAAGAAAAAGAGACAAAAAAGGAAGAGAUAGUUAAAGAGGAAGAGCGAGAGAAAAAGUUUUCUAGAAGACUAAAUCACAGCCCUCCUCAGUCAAGUUCUCGCUACAGAGAUACCAGAAGCCGUGAUGAAAGGAAAAAAGAUGAACGUUCUCGGAAGAGAGAUUAUGACCGAAAUCCUCCCAGAAGAGAUUCUUAUAGGGAUCGAUACAACAGAAGAAGAGGGAGGAGUCGGAGCUACAGCAGGAGUCGAAGUAGAAGUUGGAGCAAAGAGAGGUUGCGGGACCGAGAUAGAGACCGGAGCAGAAGCCGGAGCAGAACACGAAGCAGAGGUACCAACAGUUGGUCUCUAAAAUACGAAAGGGAUUUGGGAAAGCCAAAAUAUGAUAUGGAUAGAACAGAUCCAUUAGAGAACAAUUAUACUCCAGUUUCUUCUGUGACAAAUAUUUCGUCCAGCCACUACCCUGUCCCUACGCUGAGCAGCACUAUUACUGUUAUUGCUCCUGCUCAUCAUGGAAAUAACACUACUGAAAGCUGGUCAGAGUUCCAUGAAGAGCAGCUGGACCACAACUCCUAUGGAAGACCUCCGCUGCCAAAGAAGCGCUGUAGAGAUUAUGAUGAAAAGGGUUUCUGUAUGAGAGGAGACAUGUGCCCUUUUGAUCAUGGAAGCGACCCAGUAGUGGUAGAAGAUGUGAAUCUUCCUGGCAUUCUGCCUUUUCCAGCACAACCCCCUGUUGUUGAAGGACCACCUCCUCCUGGACUUCCUCCCCCUCCACCAAUUCUGAGCCCUCCUCCUGUUAAUCUUAGACCUCCAGUACCACCACCAGGCCCCUUACCACCUAGCCUUCCACCUGUAACAGGACCACCCCCUCCACUUCCUCCAUUGCAGCCUGCUGGCAUGGAUGCCCCCCCAAACUCAGCAACUAGCUCAGUUCCUACUGUUGUUACAACGGGUAUUCAUCACCAGCCGCCUCCUGCUCCACCCUCUCUUUUUACAGCAGGUGUAGUACUGAGGCUUUGCCCACAAGAAACGUAUGACACAGAUGGCUAUAAUCCAGAAGCUCCAAGUAUAACAAAUACUUCAAGACCUAUGUAUAGACAUAGAGUACAUGCCCAAAGACCAAAUUUGAUAGGACUCACAUCAGGUGAUAUGGAUCUACCACCCAGAGAAAAACCUCCUAAUAAAAAUAGUAUGAGAAUAGUGGUAGAUGCUGAAUCCAGGAAAAGAACAAUUGGUGCAGGGGAUGGUGGAGUUCCUACAAAGAAGACUUGGUUUGACAAGCAAAAUUUUAACAGAACAAAUAGUCCAGGUUUCCAGAAGAAGGUGCAGUUUGGGAGUGAAAAUACAAAACUUGAAUUGAGAAAAGUUCCCCCGGAACUUAACAAUAUCAGCAAACUUAAUGAGCACUUCAGUAAGUUUGGAAAUUUGGUCAACUUGCAGGUUGCAUAUCAAGGUGAUCCAGAAGGUGCCCUUAUUCAGUUUGCCACACAUGAGGAAGCAAAGAAAGCUAUAUCAAGUACAGAAGCAGUAUUAAAUAAUCGUUUUAUUAAAGUUUAUUGGCAUCGAGAAGGCAGUGCACCACAAAUCCAAACUACUACACAGAAGGUUAUACAACCCUUAGUUCAGCAACCUAGUUUACCAGUAGUGAAACAAUCAGUCAAGGAGAGAUUAGGUCCCGUACCUGCAAGUAAUAUUGAGCCUGCAGAAGCACAGAGUGCCAACACAGAAGUCACUCAGAAUGUGACUAAAUUAUCUGUGAAGGAUAGACUGGGUUUUGUGUCAAAGCCAGUUACUCCAACAACUGAAAAGGUUUUAUCCACUUCUACUGGCUUGACAAAAACUGUGUACAACCCUGCUGCUUUGAAGGCAGCACAGAAAUCUUUGCCUGUUGUUUCCACUUCCGUGCUAGACUCUAAUGAAGCACAGAAGAAAAAACAGGAAGCAUUACGACUUCAACAAGAUGUAAGAAAAAAGAAGCAAGAAAUCUUAGAGAAGCACAUUGAAACACAAAAGAUGCUGAUUUCAAAGCUGGAGAAGAAUAAAGCUAUGAAGUCAGAAGACAAAGCAGAAAUCAUGAAAACACUGGAAAUUUUGACAAAUAGCAUUACCAAGUUAAAGGAUGAAUUAAAAGGUGUAUCACCAGGAGGAGGGGUUCCUUUAAAAAGCCUGAAAACUAAGACUCAGAUGCAGAAAGAGUUACUAGAUACUGAACUGGAUUUAUACAAGAAGAUGCAAGCUGGGGAGGAAGUUACUGAAUUAAGACGAAAAUAUACAGAGCUACAGCUGGAAGCUGCCAAACGAGGGAUUCUUUCUUCAGUUCGUGGUAGAGGGGUUCAUGCAAGAGGUCGGGGUGCAUCACGUAGCAGAGGUAGAGGAAUACGAGGCCGGGGUAGAGGCAGAGGAGUUCCUGUGCAUGCAGUUGUGGAUCAUCGACCUAGGGCAUUAGAAAUCUCUGCAUUUACAGAAAGUGAUAGAGAAGAUCUUCUUCCUCAUUUUGCGCAAUAUGGUGAAAUUGAAGAUUGCCAGAUAGAUGACUCUUCUCUCCAUGCGGUGAUUACUUUUAAAACAAGAGCAGAAGCUGAAGCUGCUGCAAUUCAUGGAUCUCGCUUUAAAGGACAAGAGUUAAAGUUGGCAUGGAACAAGCCUGUUGCUAGUAUGUCAGCUGUUGAAACAGAAGAAGCUGAACCUGAUGAAGAGGAAUUUCAGGAAGAAUCCUUGGUGGAUGACUCGCUGCUUCAAGAUGAUGAUGAAGAGGAGGAGGAUAAUGAAUCUCGUUCAUGGAGAAGAUGAUUCAACUCAUCAAUGACAAUGCUAGAACUGCACCUGUGUUGCAUUAGUAUUACCUAAUGUACUUCUGCAUCUUUGUAUUAAAAGGGGUUUUGUGAUGAAGUUGGAUUCGGAUAUAGACUAAAAAGCAGCUGGUCAGUUAUACGUUUUGAGAGAUUGAUGUUUGAGUUACAUUUCAGUAAAUGAUUGCUAAAGACAUCAUACUAGGAACAUAUGCAAUGUUUUUAUUACAUAGUUCUACAGAAAGUUACAGAAUUCUUUGGGUUCUUUGUAAUUUACCGAAUUGGUCAAACACAAAUGACCAAAAGUUGUUAUAACAUAGAUGAUUUUUGUUCUAUUCCAGAUACGGAAUGAAAAUUUGCAUUUAAAAUCUUUGUGAAUGUUUUCAGAAAUGAAUAGAUAACAGUACUAAACCGAAGUCUCUGAAGUUAUGUAUUCAUAAUAUUGCAUAGUAGUAUGCUUAGGCUUUACUAUGUACUAGCCUUUUGUUGGAUUUGUGUACGUAUUUUACCUAUGGGUUUUAAUGAUAAAGUGUAUGACUGCUUUGCAUAUAAGUCCUUAUGACUUUAAGAUGUUAAAAAAAUAAAGAAAUGGAAUGGUCUUAAAAAAAAAAAAGAGGAAAAAAAAAAGCAAUAACCAAAAAAGCUAAGGCAAUGGUCCUUCAUAAUGGAAAAAAAAAAAAAAGAAAAAAAAAAAAAAAAGAAAAAAGACCGUUCCAAAUGGCAACCCCCACCCCCAUAUUCACAAAAGGAGCUCUAAUCACUGUCACUUAUACUAAAGUUGUAUUGAAUAUAAAAAAAUACAUCAACAUAAUGAUGUUUCAUUUACAUUAACACACAGGUAUACUCUUGCAUAAAAGCCUUUGGAUGUUUUCUGAAUUUUAAACUGAUUUAAGUCAAAAAGUAAAUAUAAUAUUUCAACAAUAAGGAAUUUAUUCUGUAUCCUUGCAGUCUGCAACUGCAGAAGAAAAUUUGACCCCACAAAAAUAUAUGCAGUACUGAAAUAUAAUUUAGAAAAACACAUUAGGAGAAGUGGAAUGUUUGGUAGGUAUUAUUCUAAAAAAAUUGUGCACACUAAUGCACCUUUUUUAUUCCUGUGUGUCUAUGAUCAUAUUUUUCCUUUUCAAAAGUAACACUUAGCAGAGACUAAGUUGACACUAUAGUGUAUAAUCACUAUUUAAAGAUGUACGUACAUGAAAUGUAUACUUCACAGAAAUACUUAAUUUGCUCUUUCUAGUGGGGCAUUCUGUUAUGAGAGGUCUGAAGUUUCUCCUCUUAGGAAGGAGAACUGUGUAUUCCUUGGCAGUAAGGGACCUCUCUUACCAGAAAGACUUGGUUUUAUUACCAUUUAGUGACGUUUUGCUGGUCUGUUUUCAAAGGAAAAUGCAUUUAUUAAGUAUUAGACUUACGGGGUUUAUUUUUGUUUUGGUUUGCCACCCCAAACUCAUUAAUGGCUGCAGCAUAAAACCACCAUCUCAUUCAGCAAAUAGACGCAGGGGACAGUACUUUAGUUCACAGUAUAUUUUCUUUAGUCUGUGUUUUUGGUUUUUUUGGGGUUUUUUGUGGGUUUUUUUGAGGGGGAAGAGGGAAGUGGAGGAGAACUGUUGUGAAUUGUGUCCCUGCCCCCCUUUUUUUUUUUUACAUUCCAAAAUCGGAAUGGAGGAAUGUAGAAGUAGUAGUAUCCCAGAGAGAAGAGCUCUGGCUGUAGAAUUUUUGUUCUGUGCUUUUCAGUUAUUUGAGGUUUUUUUGAGACCUGGAUCCUGCCUGGGUUUAGGUUUUUUGUUUGAUGUUGGUUGGUUGGUUGGGUUGGGUUGUUUUGGUGAGGUAGGUUGGUUGGUUGGGUUUUGUUGGUGGCUUUUUUUCUCCCUAGGUCCCUGUAUGUAUGCAUAUCUUGUUGCAAAACUAUGCACUUAAAAUUUUCUGUAUAGUCUUAGUUUCACAUUGAAAUUUAACAAUUGACUGCCAUGCUUGUUACAGUAAGUUCUAACUCUUCAUAGGGAAUUGUAUUUGGGAAAUCGAUUUCCUUUUACGCAGAAUUUCAGGCAAAAUAAAAUAUUUUAAGAACCUUUUUAUCCAGUGCUCUGAAUGAGCUGCUCUAGUUCACUGAACUAAAUACAAGCUUUCCUACUUUUCUUUUUUAGUAAUAUACUAUAUCUGAAGGGUGCCAGAUUGACAGUCCGGGAGAUGGAAAUUUUUAGUGUCUUACAGAACAGGUACUUUUUUUGUUGUCUUACAGAAAAGGUACAGCACAUGAAAGGACUGUGCAUGCUGACUUAAGGUGGUUGCAUGGCACGCUUUGGUGCUCAAACAUGCCUUUUCACUGCAGUCAAAUCAACACAAGUUAAUGACAGCUAUUAGUGUGUUCUUUACAUGGAUGCUUCUAAGGAAUAAUCUGAAAUUGCUGUAUCACAUAAUUUUAAAAUCAGUAUUCCAAGUUUGCCUGCUUGUUUCGAAUUCAGCGUGGUAAUACAUCCAUGCAAGAUUAAUUUGUUAAUAACUGUUUGCACUCUGGCCUACCUGUAAGGGGCUGAAACAUUCUUUUUAUCACCUACCUCCUCCCAAACUUCCAUCGUUGAAAGGCGACGGGGGAAGUCUUACUGGUGUGUAUUUUGUCUCCUGCUAUUAUCUUGUGAUGCUCUGAAGGAUUGAAAGCCACCUGGAUCAGAAGGGCUUGGUUUACUGUCACUGUAGAAACAACCCCAGAUGUUUGUUUCAGUUGAAAACCAAUCUGUGAUCCUGUGCCAUUCAGGGUAAGAAAAUGGUGUGCUAUUUGCAAUCUAAAUGGAUUCUGUAUGUGUUUCUGUCAUUAUCAAAUUACUUUCUUGAUUUGAUUUCUUUUUGGCUUGCUCUGUUCUUCUCUAGCGCUGCUCUCCCCUCCCUUUUUGCUACUACCUUAGCCAAAUCUUGUCAUUUCAUUUCAGUCGGAUCCUUAUUAGCAUAGCCUUCAGUGAAAUCUGUUGUCACCUCGAGCAGCAUACUUCCUUGUUUGAAUCAACAAACCAAACAUCCUGCUGACUUUCAUUCCCUUCUGUACUUGGUUGAUCCUUGUGAAUGCAUUCCCAAGUAUGCCUCCGCUGUGAUUAGCUAAAUCAUUGUAUUUUUUUUAACAGUUGUGCAAACGGAAUUCCCUAGUGUGAAACACGGAGAGCGGGGUUACCUUGGUUUUCCCCAGACAGCUUUUCAGAAUUUCAAUGGAAAAAAAAAAGGUAAACAUUUAAAAACUUAUUUCAUUUUCCAGUUAGAUUGCUAUAGGGCUUGAAUAAGGUUUGAUCUGACGUGCAGAUCAAUGACAGUAUUGUAGUAAACCACAUUUGGUUGAAUACAAAAAUUUUAAGUAAUCGGAGUCAGUAAUUCAGACUGUAUUACAAUCUGUCUGAAAAAACAGUAAAAUAACAAGAAUACCUUUUGUAAGCAUUACUUACGGCCAGUAGUAUUUGUAUUUUUUUCUUCUCUUAAAACUCAGUUACUUCAAAGCAGGAAAACCACACCUUACUAUUCUUGUCAGCCCUUGGAUAACUUGUUUGAGGUUUCUGUAGGUGUAAUGUAUAAUUUGUAAUUGUCAGUUGUCACAUGAGCAUAAAAGAGCGCAAAAAGACGCGCAAGAAUUUGGUUUUGACUCGGGGAAGUGAUUUUGGAUGUUCCCUGUAUUUUUUUUUUUUAAACUAAUCUGUGAACCAGUAGGUCCCACCAAAAACAGAUGGGGGGGAAUGGUGGGGUUUUUUUUCCUUCCACCAGUCAUACACUACUGUUGUACUAAUACACAACAUAAAGGGAUAUAGACCUUCUAUGAAGCACCUUAUUUACUGUAAAUCAACAGUGGAUUUUUAUGUCGCAGCUGAAGUCAGUUUUAAUCCUAUAUUUUGUACCUUUAUUACAAUUAGCAAAUUAAGUUACAGUUAACAAAUUAAGAUUAGAAUAACUGGAACAAAAGCAGAAAAUUGAGGGGUUUGUGGAAAAAAAAUGUGUAUGAAAAUCAACAAUUUUUACUGUGAGUGGAGCGAUUUCUUAACUGUAUUGAUGUUAUAGCAUUUGAUUUCUUCCAAAUGAACCUGUUAUGUCAGACAAAGUAGAAGUUCUUGACUGAGAGUAAAAAGAAAAAAAAUAACCAAUCGAGCCAAUAUAGCUGCAAACUGAUACUUGGUGAAAAUGAACCGUUAGUUUUUGUGGACUCAUGUAGACCACUAUGAACACACUAGUAUGGGUGUCACACAGUUGCCUAAAUACUGUAAUUUCAUAAACUAAUUAUUUUUUGGUUUUAUUUUAAUAUGCCUUUGCAUGUUUUAUUCUGAACCGUGUUUUAAAUCUGUAGACAUCAAAAAUAUUUGCAACAAAACCAGACUUCUGUGAUUUUUGGUCUUUUAUUUGAAUUCUCUUCAGAUUUAAUUGGAACACUAAUGAGAGGGGUUUCAAGAACAUACUGCACAAGAAAUGUCUCUUAUUUUUCCUAAUGGAUCUUUAUUUCUAAAAUCCUUCUGUAUGUGUUAAAGCUAAAGCUUAUCUGAAUGACAAUACUUUGAUCUUUGUCCAUGUGAGUGAAGAUUUUUAUCUAUCUUUUUUUCUUGUUGCAGUAAGUUUGUAAUCCUGAGACCAGUUGAUGUCUUUGAAAAUCACCUCAUCUGACCCUGUGGUAUUUUAUAAUUUUGAUGUUACAGUUUGAAUUCUUGAAUUCCAAGAUCCUUCCUGCUUUGUUAGCAUGACAGACUAAUUCAGUUUCUCACCUUUCUGUGGCAAAGACUGGAAUACCACAUUCAGCAAAUCUGUCUCUGCUAGCUGUUGAGUAUUUCUGUAUCAGCAACUGGGAGAAAAAAUUUUUGAGGCAUGUACUCUUCAAAACUCAUUUUUCUGAGAAACAUCUGCAGUAGAUGUAUUUUUUUUUUAUUUUGACCUUUUGUAUGUAGAGAGGGUAAAAUAGUUCUUUUAGUAUUUUAUGCUGUUUUACUGUUCUGUGUCAGUUUCACAUAAGCUUUUUUGAUAGUAAUUUCAUAGGUAAAAAUUCUCUUAAAAAAUCUGAUGUUUUAAUAUCGUCUAGCAUACACUUUUCUUUAAAAAGGGAGGGGGGGUAAAGCAAACUGCUAUUUACAGUUCCUUCUGACAAACUAUGAAGAUUAUUUGAAAUCAGAGAUGUUAUUUAUAGACCUCAAAACUCAGAACGGUGCAGAUGAACACUAAGCCUAAAAAGCAGAAGUCAUUCUUUAGCAACUGGGAAAUGGUCUUUUAAAUGCAAUAGAAAAAAAGGAGCACUAACUUCUCCAAAAUGUUUUCCUAAUGAUCUGCAGCUAGACGGAGUAUUUCCCAGCUGUAAGGCACACUAACUUUUCUCUCAAUACAAUAAUUUGCUCUCUAGGGAAAUGAGAAAAGUUUCUUAGGUUUUAAAGGUGAUAAUUUAUUCUUAAUCUUGCACAGAAUUUUGUGCAAUAAAGAUGUUGGAGCCAAAAUGUUUCCUCCUUGUAGAGAAAACAAAGAUUUCACAAAAAUGUGUGUUGAUCUAUGCAUGUAUAAACCUACAUCCUUUGGCCAAAAUCGUGUGCGUGUUGCUAAUGCGUGUAUGGUGUAGGUGAGAUCUACAGAAGCACAGAAAUGCCUUUAGGGUACAAGAACUCUGAUUUUACAGAGCUGCACAGCUCUGCAGAACUCUGCUGCAUAAAAGCAGAGAGAAGUGUCCUUUCCAUUAAAGUACCUUGUUUUAACGUGAAGAAACGUUCUUCAUGUUUGCACACUGUCCUUUCUCAGCUUAAAGAAAAGACAGUUCUGAUUUUGUGCAAUUUUUUUUUCCUUGAGAUAAAGCCCUGUAUUUUCUCUUUCGACUGCUAGAGGGCACUAUGGCUACACAAGUGAAACAAUAACUGGCAGUCAUUUGCUCCCAUUUCAACAUUUCUGUGCUAUUUUUCCUGUUUCAGUUCUCAUGCUAAUAUUUGCAUUUCUUGCAGAAACCUGUAUACAUCUCUACCAUGUCAGCAGAAAUUCUAUUUGUGUGAAGUGAAACAAAGUAUCUCUCUUUGGAUUUAGGUGCCAGUGAUAAAACAUGACUCCAGGUGUUUAAAUCUGAAUAAAACAGAAGAACAUUUCUGUGUUGCAGGAGGCAUAUAUCCAUCUCCUUUUCUGCUCUGGGAGUUGAAUUAGUUUUUGAUAGAUUACUGUUGAAGUGAUAGAAAACUUAAGGUAGCUACGUCCAGUCUGUGAAAGCUUUUCAUAAGAAUUAAUCUCUAAAGCAUGUGUUUGUGCUUUAGAAUAGGGCAUAUGCAGUGAAAAGCUAAAACUUACUGCUGGAAAGCAGGGGGGCAGAAAUGGCAGGCAGUAUUAUGUUUUUCUACAAACUACAUAAGAAAUUGCCAGCCUAACCUGGUCUAAGAAAUUUCACCACUGUAGCCAGUUAUCUUUGCUUUAUGGUAUACUCAUGUUAAAUACAUCAAGGAAUUACUACUGUGGCUCCACCAACUGGUGCAAUGUAAGUACACAGAACAAUUUUUCAACUACGAUAUUGAAUAAUUCCUUAUCCUCAUAUGUUUGAUUCACCGCCUGUUGCUGUCUUGCCCAAGUGCAUUGGGAAGCUACUGGUAGCCUGUGUGUCUCUGCACUUGGAACUCUGAAUGUGCAAUGUCCAUGCACACAAAUCACGUUUAGGCCAACAACAUGCAGGACGUAUUUGUGACUCAUUCUCUGUCGUUUUCUUUUCCCUCUGUCAGUAGUGCAAUAUCAGAAAGUGCUGAGGCAUCAUAAAUUUUGUUAAUGCUCCUCCUAACUCACAAAUUAAGCUCUGCGGAUAUUAUUAUUAUGCUUGCUUUUUUUUUUUUUUUUGGCAAGAUGACAGCUGUAUCAUCACCUGUGCAUAGACAUUUUAAAAUGCCGGAAAACAUCCCAGAAGUCAGUAUCUUUGAGUUCACUUACAGGUGGAAACCUUGCUUACCAGAAGUGGCUGUGAGAAGAUAAAUUCUUGUUGAAAAAAUUAUUUGGUUUUCUUUAUUACAAUAGUCUCUUUCAUUCAGAUCUUAUAGAUGAUUAACAUUCACCUAGUGCUGCUCUCAGAGAGGUAACAGAUAAUGUUUAAAAUCAUAUAUCUAUCCCCCAUGUGCUGUUUCUACCAGUUUGGUAGCAAAUGAGAGAUAUACUAUCUUUAUAUGUAUUUUGAUACAAUUUUUAAUGAUACUUUUCUAUUUACAUUCCCCGUGGUAAUAUUUUAUCUUAAAAAACAGAGAAGAGUGGUUGCACAGUUCUACAAUCUUAAAAUUUCACAUUGCUGCUGUUUUGAAAACUCCCCCAUAGGCUGUACCAUCCCUCAUGUAUAAGACAAAGUUCUGUAAGGUUAAGUUCUGUAGUUCUGCAGGUUUUAUCAAAACACAAAAAUAGAAAUACCCAGUAAGCAGCAAGUGAGCAGGUUUAGAAAACUUUGCUGCAGUAUAGAAUUGUGCAGUACCAAUCUUCACAAAUGCGUACUAUCCAUACCUGAGUAAUUGAAAUCUUUUUCAAACAAAUUCUUAUAAUGAAGGGAAAUUUCACCUGCUCAUAUCUGAUCAAGUUGCUUCCAAGAAUUAUUCCAGUGAUUGAAUGGGCCUGGAUAUGGAACUGUAACUGCUUGUCUACUGGAACACCUUUUGAAUUGGUUAAUCUUUCUACAGUGAGAAUAGAAAACUUCUGCUGCUGCUAGAACCAGGAGUACUUAUUCAGUAUCUUCCAGGGAAAAAACCAGAAUCUGUCUACUUGUUAAAUACUAAGUCAAUAAUUGAUGAAUAUUUGUUCUGAGGGUCCUGCAAGCUACUUCUGUUGGGGCUGGUUUUGCUGGUAAAAUUUCAUAAGUCACUUUGCAGAACUACCUUUUGGAACCUGAAAAAGGCAUUUUCUUGGUUUAGAGUUUGGAAUUCUUUGUUCCCAGAAGCAACAUCUUGUGCAUUGUGUAUUUAGAUGUAUUAUUGUGAUGUAGUGAAAUUUAUCAGUGGGAGUAUUCUGUUACUGAAAAAUGUGAGAUUGAAGAGCAAAAAGCAGUAGCAGUAGCUUUCGUGGUGGAAGAAGCUGAGAGAUGGUUAAUGUGCAAAUUGCUGGUCAGCAGACUUAGUGCCUGACCUGAAUUAGAAAAUAAAUUUUCUAUUAGAAAUUAUGCAAGGAUAUUGGCAGUAUAGUAGAAUGAAAUGGAGCACUUUUUUCUGUCAAUAUGUGGUGAAAAAUUGAGGAACGUAAGUCACCAUUAGACAUGCUCACUUCUAACAGGUUAAUGCUGUCUGUAUUUGCAAUUUUAUAUUGGUGAACUUCCCACUAUUAUUUGUAUGUCUUCAAUAAAUCAGUUUUGUUAACUUGAAUAUUAAAAUAAUUUAAAAUACAUUAGUUUCUUCUGUUUCUGUGUUGAACUAUCUGUAAACAUCCUUUCAAGUGAGUUUAAAGUAAGUGCUAUUUCUUUUCCAUCCUCAUUUACUGUAAUGCUUUCUGUACUGAAAAUACUGAUGUGUUUGCUCUUGUACUGACUCCAUUCUGCAAAUUUACUAUAUAUUGAAUUUUUUGAGAACACCUUGCCGGGAAAACACUGGAGAAAUAGCUUUGUUUUAGUAGAAUAAGUUAUAGAAACUGGAAUCUGAAAUAAUAAAAAGAUGAACCAGUAACAUUUGCUACACUGCCAUUUUUAAGAUGGCUGUAUAUCAUGCUACAAUACUAUCUGUAGAUAAGCUUUUGUUAAACUUUUAAAAUAAUUUGAGUAGGUAAUUACCAGUGUUUUAGUAGUCUAAAGCAGGAUUGAUGGCAGCUUGAUUGGCUGUAGCAGUUACUAAAGUUCACAUUUUAUGACCUCCUUAAAAAUAUUAAUUUAGAAGCUUAUGAAUUACUCUCUGGAGUCACCCUGAAUUAACAAAUACUGAGCUGUCUUUUAGCUUUUGAUUUUUUUUUUUGUGAAGUAAUUUCUGUUCAGUAGUGAACUUUAUAGUGUUUUUCAAGAACUGAUUUUCUAGAUAAAGCAGUAGUAGUAACUCUUUGAUGGCCAGGACUAAGCUGUGUAAAACAGGUUUGUUCCAUCCCAGCAUUAAAGACCGUGGCUGGUCGCUCCUGCCCAUCUUUUAUGCUUGACAGGGAGGUAUUUGUGUGAUAAUGUAAUUGAGGAGCUGGGCUAUACUUUUAAAAAUGUGGUGGUCCAAUGGAAUUACUUUCCUAAUCUACUUCACCAGGUGGCUGCAAAGAUGUCAGUGGUGGGGGAUGCUGGGGUCAGUAGAGCUCUUCAUCCCACAGUUGUGGUUCAACCCAUGCUACUUCAAUUGGAAACACAGAGGCACCAUUGUGCUAUUCUUAGUUAACAUGUGUUUGGCUUCAGCACUUGGGUUUUCUGUUCCCCUGAUUUACAGGAGCCAGGGCAAAAUGUUUCACAAGUGUUGAGUGAGCAGAAGAUUAGGACAAUUGAGAACAGAAGCAUCACACUUGCACAGGCUCCUCAGAAACGCCAGGCGUGCUGUGGUUACAACAGCGACCUGCUAAACUGAAAGCUCCAUGGCCCUGCAUUUCAGCUGACCCUCCGUACCCGUUUGGAAGUCCAUGAAAAGGUGGUAUGAAUGGCCUUAUAAACAGGGACUUUGCUGUGGGAGCUCUGGCUCCUUUUGGUGUAUCUCAGUGGUUCUGAUGGGUUGGCGGGGUGGGGGUGGUGUGGGGUGGGAAGGCAGUCGCGGAUGAGUCAAGGAUCACUUCCAAAGGAGGUGUGAGAAGCCUAGGAAGAAUUUUGGCAGACCUUUUGGAUCUUCGUUUAGCCUAUUGUAAAUAUAGUAGGUUUAUGUCAAAGGCUGUGUGGCUUGUGUGUGUCAGUGCAGUGCUGAUGCAGUAGCAGCGAGCUGCUUGGGAGGCGCUUCCUCCCCAUCACCGUUGUGGUGCAGCAGGGCCAUGGUGCCUGCGCUUGUGCUUCCUAGGAGAAACUCUGGUCUGCCAGCUGGGUAAAGCAGUCCUUGGGCUAGGCUGGAGCAGGAAGAGAUCAUCGCCUCUAAUGGAUCUGUGUAGACCAGCUAAACCAUUAGAAGGGAACACAGACAGUUCUUGAUAGCAUUUAGGGACCUUAGCCGGUCAGGGAACCAAGCAGGUGGUAAGAAAGCAGAAUAAAUACAGCAAUGUACCAUGCACUAUAGGUUUUGCAAUUAGGUUAGACAUCAUCAGAGCUGGUUUUGUUGAAGUUUGUUGGUGAAAUCCAAUACGAAAUUGCUGGAGGCAGAUAGAAGCUGGAUUUUCAAGUUCUUGGCCAAACAAUAGGGUAUGUGCAUGCUUCCUUUCCUGCAAUCCAUGCACUGUCUGCCACACCUGUGGGUUGGUCUAGUUUGUUGCAGAAGUCAAGCUUGUUUGCAAGAAGAGUUGCUAUAAAAGAUUUGGGACAUACUACUAAAUCCAUGGAACUAGGGCUAGGAAAUACUGCUGCUCUGCCUUGUGCGUUCACAGAAACUUCCAUCUGAAACUUCAAAGUAGCAUCCAAAAUACCAAACAGUUUAGAGAAGCCUCACUUUAGUGAUUCCUUCUGAAUGCCUUAGGCAUUGCGGAACUCGGUGUUCCUUAUUAUGAAUCCCUGUGGAGCAUGUUAGUAUUGUCAGUCAGUUGCUGUUUUGAAAUACUGCUUUUCCAGUCAAACGGGGUGUGGGUGUUCAAACCUGUUUGUCCAUGUUGGGUUAGCAUAAACAAAUCAAGUAAUGGAUCUUUCCUGUGAUUUAAACUGUUUAAUCCUGUUGCCUGAAGGAACAAGUUAGGAAGAAGCAGUUGCAUGAACAACUUAAUGGGCAGAUCAUAAUUUCAGGUGGGAAACUGAGUGAUGAUGAGCUGUUAUGACAGAGGAGUAGGGGAUCUUCUUUGGUCAUCAUGGCUGCAGAAAAAGCUGGAAGGUGCAGUUCUAAACUCUUAAGGGUACAUUAACAGGAGCUUGUGUCAAUUGAACCUUUAGAAGUGGAGACUUUUGCAGUGCAAAGCAUUUUAGUGCCUAAGUCCUCUCAAAUGUUUCUCCAGCUGUCCAAAGAAUCAAUGGUCCUACCGUGCCCUUCUUUCUCUGAACAGAUUGUGAACUGAUGCGAACAUUUAAAGUAUUAGGAGCCAUAUCUGAAAGAGGUUGUGUAUGCUUCGAUGACUGCUUUCUAAAAUUAAGUAAUCACAAACUUUCAAAAUGAAAAUAUUCAUAUGAAAGGAAAGGUAGACUGUAAUCUUACAUCUUUGCUGGAGUCCAAACAUCACAAUGGAAAAGGCGUUUUCUACUUUCAUCUCCGUGGAUCCACUGGUCAAUUUAAAGAGUUCUCAAAGCUGACAGUAGCACAUACACAAAUCUCUAAAUUGUAUCCAAAUACUAUAUAUACUGUUGCUUGCAAAAAUCCAUGUUGCAUUUUGCAGAACUCAGCGGUCUGAUUCCUUCUGAAUGUUCGAUCAAAAAAUGAGUAGUCUUUUCUAGCCACUGUUAGUAGUUAUGGGAUUAAUGUGUUAGGAACCCUCAGCAGGAAUUCUGCAAUUUUGUUUAUGAAGAUACUCCCAUAAUUUUAAAUUGCUUUCAGUAUCUCAGGUGCUUCUGAAUUUUACACAAAACGUUUAUGGGACAAAUGAUUACUUUCAACUUGCACUUCUACCCCAGCAGUCAAAUGAAAGGUGAGGAAAACCCAUCAAUGUUCCUGCAACACAAACCACUCCUGCCUGAAGAUUUUGCCGGGUGGUAGAUUGUGGUGGCUUCCAAAUGCCUUGAUGUCAUGCAGAUGUGCUGUGGUUUAGUGUGGUGCUAUCAUGUUUCAGCAUGGCUUUGUAGCUUCUGCUUUUAGCAGAACGCACUGGAAACAUAGGUGGUUUCAGUGUCUUGUACCUCUCUGAACGUUGGUGCUCAGCCUCUCAGUCUACAUCAAUAUUAGUAAAUUAAACGUGGCUGGGACUUCUCUGAUGCUGAGGCCAACUGGUGUGCAACAACUCUCAUACAUGCUGUUAGGCUUCAGAACGGGACAACCACAUCCACAUUCUCUGCUGGGAAUGAUUUCUGGCUUGGGGUAGCUGAUCCAGGUCUCUGUGGUGCUAUAAGACCUAACAGUAGUACCAACAAUAAAGUUUUGGUGCCUAUAAUCUAUGCUGGGCCUGUUUGUUUUACUAAUUCAGAUACUGUCUCUGAGUUGUGCGGUAUCUUUAAAUGCUGAGCUUUGUCCAGCUGCAGCAGGUAAGGGGAUUUAGCUCCCCUGGUAGAUGGAGCAGCCUCGAGGAGAGCGUGUUCUUUGGAAAGGCAGUGACAACUGACAGUGCAGUUCUGCAGGGACACUGUCCUCCCUAACGAUAAAUGUCACUAGGUAAAAGAGAGAAAGGGUACCUAAAAAAAGAACCCUAGUACUUUUGCUAACAUACAAAUAAAUGGCAAUUAGCAAUCAAAAAUUUAUAGACUGUAGUACCUCUUGAAUUUAAUGAGAAGUGUAAAAUACAUGAUAGUCUUGUGGCAUACAGAGUUACAAGAAAAUUAAUUAAUAUGAAGGAGAAGGAUGAAGAAGAAGAAAAUGAGUAAGGAUCUCAAAGCUGAAAUACACAUAAGCAGUUAUAUUCAAACUUUCCUAUCGUUAGUAAGGUUUGGAGGUCUCUUGAACUAUUCACUAUUAUCAACAAUCUUGAAAACUAACCUUGCAAUGGUGUAAUCAAAGGGCCAAGAUGUGCUACUGUUCUGGCAAGCCUACCUAUAGAACUGCAUUUUCCCGUCAACUGUCAAAGGGGGAGCCGUGCACAGAUAACUCAUCCUGUAGCCCUUCAUGUGUAAGUAUGCUUCCUAGUGCAGUACAUCACCUUAAUUAUUAUACCUUCUGCAGCAGAAUAGAAUUCUCUGACCUGAUCAUUUUUGUUGCUGAAUUGCUUGCACAUACGUGGUGAAAAUAUUUUGUGUCUGUAAAUGUGUUUCAUCAGGCACGCUCCCACCCGUCAAAGCGGAGUGAAUGCUUUAAUUGCCUAAUCGGCUUUCUGGGUCUCCCAUGCAGGCGUAAAAACACCACAGUGAGUGAUAUAGGUACAUGGUGGUACAUAAGCGAUUAUUAGUGGUAGUCUUCCCAACUUUUGUGUUCUAGUAGGCAAGAAGCAUGUUGGAUUUAGUGAGAUUAUAAGCAUGAUUAUUUACUGGCAGAAGCUGAUGUUUUUCUCCCCUCUAUUUUUACAUUUGAGGAUAAAGUACAAUUCAUGUUCUGGGCAUCAUCUUGUGGAAGUUCUAAAUCACUUCAUGAGGCUUUCAGCCGGGCUCAUGUCAUUUAUCCAUCAGCACUCAGUCCAUUUAAUCCAGGCCCCUCAGCUGUACAGACCCAGCUCCUGUUGUGAGUGAUCGGCCUGCUUGAGUGCUCCCAGCUUCUCCUGUCACAUCACAUUUGCAUAAAAGAGGACGGAUAACCAAAUUUGAGCACACAAAUGAAAAUGCUAAGCGCUGAACCUGUCACAGUUGUUGUUCAACUAAUUGUGAAAAAUUUGAUUUGCUGGCUUUUCACUGUUUAUCAUGUGGACCCCCUUCUCAAAUUUGCCUUGGCUUCUGCUUCUGUACAUGUAGCUUUUAAACUCCCUACACAAGCAGCCGACCCUGGGGAUUACUUACCUCUCCUACCAGCUUUUAAUGUUGGCUCAUCUACUUGACUAAAUUAGGCCACCAUGGCAAACAAACACAUAAUUAAAAACCUGGGAAAGACAACUGCAGUUGCACUUCUGAAAUUGAUUUUGCAGUCUAUUACUGGUAUAUGCCUUUGCAUUUUGCCAUUUUAUCUUGUCCUCCUGUAAACUCUGAAAAUGUCUUUGCUUUUGAUUAUAUAUAGGAGGAAUAUAUAUUAUUUCAGAUUGAGGACCAAGAUUUUCUUCUCAAAAGGGAACAGUGAAUAAAAACACUUUCUUAUUUCUGGGUGCUUUGUGGCAGCCUAUUCCAGAGGUGCUGUGUUCAUUUGAAAUUAAGACCCAUUUUUAAACUGGCAUUGAAAGCUCAUAGAUUAAGUAUUGUUCAAAUUAUUGUGAUUUUUCAAAAUUCUGGGGCUUGACAGCUUUCCAAAAGUACUUACAGCUGCUGACAUGUUUCUGUUUUCGAUCACCUUCUCUUAACUUAUCUGUAUAAUUUACACAUCACUUCUUAUAACGUAUACCUAAAGGUCACCAAUUAAAACGGUGGAAUGUCAUGUUGCUUUUUUGUGAGUAGAGAAGGUGCUUCAGCCAAACAAUUACCUAUACAAAAACACAAAAAAAUUUCAUCUGCAUAGCCAAAUCAUCCAUCUUUUUGGUAUCUGCAUUGGUUAUACUCUGAAUGCCUGUGACUAUCAUCAUUUAAGAAGGUGGAUGAUAACACGGACAUAGUGGAUACAGAUCUCUAAAGACUGUUGAAAGCUUCUGAAAACAACCUGGUAAGAGACACUGGUAUUUAGGUGUUAUAAGCAAUUGAUAUUUCUCUAGCAGUUCUAAAAUAUCAACAUAAUUAUUUUCAAAAUAAGACAAUAAUUUGUCAGCAGAUAUAACUGAAAUAAUAUUUAACAAAUAAAAUUGAAAACAUGUUGCUUAAAAUCCUUUUAAAGUCAUUUCAUUCUGUUGGUGAAAGGGGAAAAGUCCCUGUUCACAUCUAGUAGAGUCCACUGAUAACAGUGGUAGUAAUACGGCAUAAUCCCUUUCAUAAACUGUUGAAGAUGGGUCUUAAAACUGUAAGGUAUUUUCAUAUGUUUCUCUGAUAAAGGCCUACAAAAAAAAGGGUUUUUUUGUUUUUCUGUUGGUUAAGAAUGAUGUAAUUUGUAGCCUAAACUGAUUUACAUCCAGGUUGACUAUGGUUAGUCAUCCUUUGUUUUAAACAGCUUUUCUCCUUUCAUGAUGUUUAUUUCCUUGAUAAGUUCAUGAACAGCUGUCAUGUUGUCACAGCCUUCAUUUUACUAGGCUAAGCGGGCUGAACUUUUAAAGGGCUUUGAUAAAGUCUGAUGUAUUUAACUGCAGCAAUUUAAGAUAUUAACAUUUACAGCUCAAUGUGUUGGAGAUCACUGUCCUUCUCCAUUAAAUUUUGCUCUUUUCCUUAUUUUUAUGACUGAAUUCUACUGUCAUUAAAAAUGUAGCUGGAAAAAUAACUCGUGCUGUACUCAAUGCUCACUACAUUUUGCUUGUUUGAUCACUAGAAUACUAUCAGUUUCCUUUUUUCACAUCCUUCCUUCACACUAUGUUAUUUUAUCUCCUUCCUCAUUAACAGCUUUCCGAAGCUGACCUCCUUUCCUGCCCUCUUUCUCAAGUUUGCCAGCGAAUUAUACUAAAACCAAAAAUCAUAUCUGCAAAAUAAAGUAUUUGGAAAAGAGGAAUACAGACGUGUUUGGAAGAGACUAUUCUUUAGCAUGUCCGGCCUACAGCAUCAAACUGAGGAGCAGCAGAUAUCCAAGAAAUUAGUUAGCUAACAAAACACUUUGCUCUGUACUUGGCAAACUGGGACCGUAUUGCCAACAGGUUUGAUUCUAAAAAUCAAUGAAGUAGCAGCUUUUGGUCCAAAGCCAAAAAGAUGGCUUGUAAAUUUCCAGAAUGUUGUUACAUCUCUUAUGUGCUCUGAGUAACCUUCAACAAGGUGUUCCAUAGUGAUUCUAAUAUUGCCUCCCAGCUUCACCCAUUUGCGAAAUACAUCCUGAUAGCUGGAAUGUCCUGAGGUAUCUCUUUGAAGGUUUAUCUACUCAAGAACAUAGGUACCAUUUUCAAAACCAAUUUUCUUCAUAUAAAGAGAACAAUAAAAAUUUCAGUUACCCUGUUCUUCAAUAGUGGUGUUAAUAUCUAUUGAUAAACUGUUAUCUCUUUUUAGCAUGCACUGAUUUGAUCUGGAAAUCUUAUAGAUAUGUUAAGGAUGGUAGAACUGAAUUAAAUAUUUAGGCUCAUGCACCAUAUUUGUCUUAGGAAGAGCUAUGCUUACAGGUAAGAUUGUCCUCUGCUUUUUCUCAGAUUUUAACAAGAAAACAAGACAUUAUUUUCUUGCUUUAUUUCUAAUUUAAUUUAUUGGAACAUGGAAAAUUUAUUGUUAAAUCCUGGAAUUAUUUUGUUCCUUUAAAAAAAUAAUCCUCAUCCCUUGUUUUUCCUCCUUUACCUCUCUCUGAACUUAGACUUAAUAGUGCAAGAAAAGGAGAACAGAAAGGAACAACUACAGCUAGCACAAAAAAUCAGCUCUCAAGAGUUAAGUUUUGCAGUAAAAAUACUUGUGACAGUAGGACUUGAAAGCAGUUUUUUAAAAGGGAAAUCAGAUUCUAAACUUUCUUCAUUAAGUUUAUCAAUCUCCAAAGUAAAUGUGAACAUGCAGUUUUCCAGAUGGGGUUCUUGAUAUAAAUGCAUGAUUUAUAAUUUCAGAAACUACAUUGCAAAACUUCUUUGCGUUCUCUAUCCUUCAAUAUUCUUAUUUGUAAAAUGUUUUGCUUAGGCUAGUCAGAGAAACAACAGAGUGAGAAAUGUGUUUAAAAUUUUGAACAAGUACUAAUGGAAAAUGUUUUGCCUUAUUCCCUCAGCUCUAAUAAAAUGUAUACUUUCCAUUUA